AUGGCCAAAAGUGAUUUUGUCCAAGGCGCGAAGUUGAAGGCGAUGAUCCAAGAGCAAGCUCUGGACGAUGCUAGCAGCGAUUCGUUAGCAAACCUAUUCCAGGAAGUGAUGGGAAAGAAUCGUGAAUACGACUACGAUCAAAUCACUCAAAAGCUGACGAAAAAGGCGCCUAAAGUGAUCAAAAGUUAA